CAACACCAACAGUCAAACGACAUUCGACCGUUACAAAAGUUAGAGUGUAUUUUAAUGUGACGAGUGCGAUAUUUAGCAAGGAAUUGUUUAUAAAAAGUAAUUAAAAAGUGGUAAAUUUUGUAUGAGAAUUAAAGCUGAUUAAACUCCUCUUCACUGGAGAAGAAAAAUUUUUGAUAAGAAUUGACUAAGUCAAAGAAUUGUCAAUUGUGAAAGUGUAGUUUAUAAUUUUUGUUGUAUAAGCAAUAGCAUAAUUUGCUAAAAAUAUCGCGGGAAAAAGUUUAUUAUAAGUUUAUAGAAAUAUUCAAGAAAAGCUGUGCAUUUUCGGAAAUAUUACUCAAAUUAAGAAGGAAAUUCGAUUUAUAAAAUCAGGAAAAUGUCGAGUCCAAGGAAAAGUUAUGGGCCAAAUGAAAUUCGCGAGGGAACGAGAUUUGUCUUGAAGGAAAUUACUGCCUCCCUUCAUAAUUCACAGACAUCGCCACGUAAAAGUGGAAACGAGUCGGCGCUUCAAAAAUCGCCAGAACAUGCGGUGAAGGUGCAAUUUGCGCGUGAAUUUGCCGAUGUGAAGAAAACAACAUCACCAACGACAGAAAGCCUCUCAUCGGCCGGUAGUUUUCAAAGUUUAUCAAGUACAUUAAGUUCAAAGAGUAGCAGUGGAAUUUGUGCUGAUCAUUUAUCCGAGAGUCCAGUUAGAAGUGCAAAUACAUCUUACAUUAAUAACGAUAUUCCCGGUUUAGAUGAUUUAAUUUCGGCCUGCGCCGAUAUUAAAAUCACUGGAAUUGGUGAUUUGAGUCAAGAUCAAACAUUUUCAUCGGCUUGCGGUGAUCUUUCAAUUAUUGAGGAGGGAAAUUUGCCGCCAGAAGAUUUUCUACCGCCAAUAGAAACAUUUACCUCAAAUGUUCCAUUUGUUUCAUUCAAUGACAGUAUUGCAAAAACACACGGUCUACAGAAUAUAAAUAAAGAUUCACUGGUUUUCUCCACAGCGCUCGAUUUACAGACUUUGGAAGAAUUUGUUCCAAAAAUUGCUGUCGAUGAAAAAAUAAGGACCGAAUGCGAUUUAGAGAAUGAAAGUAUUGAACAUGUGAAUUCAAUUACAGAAUGCGGUUUCAAUUUGUCGAUAGAGAGUCAGAAGAAUGUGUCUUUAAUUCAGAAUAAAAAUCUUUUGGAAACUUCGCAAUUGCCUGGAAAUAUUACCAAUGUUUUGAAUUUAACAAAUCCGAGUGAUAAGUCGGUGGAAAAUAAAUCAUUUCAAGUUGAAACUGAAGAACCUGUGAAUGCGGUGGAAAGUUUAAAAUCGCCGCAAAAAGAAAUUCCGACUAAUUCCGAAGACGUUAAUUCAGAAAUAUUCGCUACUCCCGAAGAAGUACCAAUUCCACAAACUACAAGAGUUACUGAAGAAAUUCCAAUUAUUUCCGAACAAAAUAUCCCAGUUGCUGAAGAAUUAUCAGUUAGUUUGGAAAAAUCCGCAAUUCUCGAAGAAGUUCCAAUUUCUCAAACUCCCAGAGUUACGGAAGAAAUUCUUCUAAAUACUUCUGAAAAAAAUGCCGAAGAAUUGACAGCUGAAAAGUCCGCAAUUAUCGAACAAGUCCCGAUUUCUCAAGAAGCUCCGAGAGUUGCCGAAGAAAUUCCAACAACUUUCGAAAAAAAUAUACAAAUCGUCGAAGAAUCACCAGCUGGUUCCGAAAUUCCCGAAGAAGUCCCGAUUUCUCAAGAAACUCCGAGAGUUGCCGAAGAAAUUCCAACAACUUUCGAAAAAAAUACACAAAUUGUCGAAGAAUCACCAGCUGGUUCCGAAAUUCUCGAAGAAGUUCCAAUUUCUCAAGAAACUCCCAGAGUUACCGAAGAAAUUCUUCUAAAUACUUCUGAAAAAAAUACCGAAGAAUUGACAGCGGAAACGUCCGCAAUUAUCGAACAAGUCCCGAUUUCUCAAGAAACUCCGAGAGUUGCCGAAGAAAUUCCAAUAACUUUCGAACAAAAUUUCCAAACUGCUGAAGAAUCACCCGAAAAUUCCGUAAUUCCCGAACAAAUUCCACUUAUUUCUGAAGAAACCGUCAAACUUCCCGAAGAAACAAUUAUCGAACCCCCCAAAGAAAUUCCAGUCAUUUCAUCGGAAAUUUCUGUAAAAUCCCCCGAAGAAAUUGAACCCAAUUUCGAGGAAAGUACAAAAAGUGAGAAAUCUCCAGAAAUAAUUACCGAUAAUUCCAAUCCAAAUGCUUUUGAUUCAACAUUCGCAAUCACCCCGGACAAGAAUCUCGAAGAUACAAGUCAGGAAUUAAAAUCCCCACUACCGGAAUUCGUCGAUAAAAUCGCUGUGACGCCAGAAAAAAUUCAUUCAUCGAAUGAAGAAGAUAAAACACAAAUUGAUUCCGAAAAGAAGAAUUCUCCAAUUCUACAAUCAAUUUUAGACAAGGUUGCCGAACAGCAAAAAUCUCUAGACGACAGUUACACGGUAGAAUCUACAAUUGCCAACGAUUUGGAACAAACCCCACAAGAAUAUCAGCGUAAUUUCCAUCUCUCAACAAUUAUCGAAUCUCCACCUGAUUUUGAAUCUCCACAAAAAUUCCUCAACAACACAGUUGCCUUGUCAACGGGUAAAUUACAAAAAAAUUCAAAUUCUCUGGAAAAAUCUGAUAUCGACUCAUCGUCGGAAAUUGUUUUCCUAAAGCAAUCAACUCUAGAAUCAACUGUCGUCACUGUCAAUGGAAAUCAUCAGGAGAGCGCCAAGAGAAAAGCGCCAGUACACGAUCAAAGUUUCGAUGACAGUAUAAGAUUGAGAAAUUCUCUGAAUUUGACUGAAAAUAAAGAGGAGAAUUGUUCGCAAAUUGAAAAGGAUUCGCAAUUUGAAUUGGCGCAAACUGAAACGCCUAAACGACCGACGAAGAGAAGUAAAAUACAGGAGACGGUGAAGAAAAUACAGGAGGAUAUUAAGAAAAUUGAAAUUUCCAAAGUUAACGAAACAUUCGUUCCAGUGGAACUUGAUUCGACGAUUAUUUUGGAAAGUUCGGAAAUUGAUCUCGAAGCACCGGAGCCAAUAAUUGUCGUUCAACAAGAGGAGGAUUACGAAACAUUUAAACCACAAAAGCAAAGUACAGAUCUUACAAAUAUUGCGAAUUUUUCACUAUUCGAGAAAGUUGAAUUGGAAGCACAAGCUGUUGCUCAAGAUAUUUAUAAUAAAUCUCUGGAAAUUGUCGAUGAUACGGAUCACUUUAUAAGUGCCACCAGUGAACUGUUUCAAGAUCCGACGAGUUUCGAUUUUCUACUAAAUCAAGGGUCCUCGAAUACAAAGUCACGAGACUUGAGAUUUGAAUCUUUAUAUGUCAAGUUCGAUCCGCUGGUAAAUAACAGUAUGUUACCACAAGGCAAUACUCAAACUGAAAACGAGGAAAAAAAUGAAAAGAACGAAAUGCCUUCGGUGACGAGUGCGGACACGCCAAUGCGUAAUCCUGCUAUCGCCGCAAUCGAUAGACUUCUUUUCUACAGUCCAAUAACGACCGGAAAUAAAAUGGAAGCCACAAAGGACAUAAAGCAGGAGGCCACUGAACCAGCUCCCCAAGAAGUUCCAGUCGUCGACGAGAAAAUGGCAAAAGAAUUGGAACUUGUGAGAUCGUUGUUGGUGCAACAUGAGGAGAAACUUGAGAAAAACGAAAAGGAACGCGAAGAAGAUAAAAGAAAGCAUCAAAAAGAUUUAAAGAAGCAACAAGAUGAAUACAAAAAAUUGGAAGACAAAUACAGACAUUUGGAAAUCCAAAUCGCUGAAGAACUUGAAAGUAAAAAACAAGUGACAGUCGUGCUGGACGAGUAUGAGAAAUCGAUAAGCAGGCUGGUCGCCGAGAGGGAAAGAGAUCGAACAGUAUUAGAGGAGAAGGAAAGAUUAAAAGAGGAAUUGCAGACGGCCACUCAACAUCUCAGCAAUACGGAAGCUGCAUUUAACGAUGUUCACCAAAAAUACGAGCGCGUGAAAAACGUUGUCGCCGCGUACAAAAGUAACGAAUUGGUUCUCAAAGAAAGUCAUAAAGAAAAUUUAGAAACUAUUGCAAUGUUGGAGAAAAAAUACGAGACACUCAAGAGUCACGCAAUGGCACAACUCGAAAAAGCGAACCACGAAUUGGAGACAAUUCGAAAACAGAACGAUUCAGAAAACGUGAAAUUGCAGGCAAUGUUAAAAAAGACGGAGUUAAAGUGCAAGUCACUUGCUGAUCAAGUGGAGCAAAAGACUAAAGAGAAUAAAGAAUUAACAAAAAUUUUGGAUGAAGUCAUAGCCAGGGUUGGCAAUGAAACACAAGAUUAGAAAAAAAAACAUUCGAGAAAGACUUAAAAAUAAAAAAAAGUAAUAAUAAAUAUUAAUAAUAAGAGUGUGUCAAGACAAUUAGACCAUUAUUUUUUUACUCGAUGGUAUUUACCCCGUGAAAUAUGACACCAGAUUGUAAUAUUAUAAUGUGAAAAUAUAUAUUGUUUAUAAAUUUUUAUUAAUUUUUCGAAAAAAAGCAACUUUUUAUUAAUUAUUUAUACGUUUAAGUUGUAAAAUAAACUAUUUUAUCGCUAAUAAAACGUGGCUUAUUAAAAA